CUCAGAAGCUGGGGGGGGGGCAGAAUUAAGAAUUGGGAAGAAAAGGAGAAUUCAACAAACAUGCCCAAAGAGCAAAGAAAAUCAGUUAUGCGUUGCGGCAGAUCAUGUUACCUUCUGUAAACUCGCUUGCUACCACUUCCCUUUGCACUGUUGAGAUAAAGAAAUCCCUUGGAAACAUACAAAGAGGAAAAACAAGUUCCCUAUUCCUGCAUUCAGAAAGGAGGCUGGGAAAGUGAAAAGAGGAAUUUCCACCCUUCAGUCUAAAAAGGCAGAAAAACUACCCAUGGCUUUAGCCAUUGUGUUAAACAACUUCCCUGUUACACAUUUUCUCCUGCAGGAUCAUGUUUACCCCCAAGGAAGCUGGCUGUAUCAGUGAUCCCUGCACACCUGCUGUUGAAACAAUCUUUCUGCUGUGAUUAAAGGAUUCAUAAAAAAUGGAGUGCAAAUCUUUUGAAGUGGAUGAAACAGUCUACCUGGAGGAUCAAUGUCAUAUUCUUGAGGUGACCAAACCACAAGAAGACAAUUUGGAUUUGGCAGGAAAGAGUGACUUGGGAAAUAUUGUCUUUUCAUCGUGCAAAACCCCAGCCCCAUCCAGCCCUGAGAUCAAAUUGUACCCUAAUAAUAUCACCAAGAGGAGGGCCUUUAGUGACAGCCCAAAUCUACUCCAAGUUCCACCUGUGGAGGAUGCCGAUGGUGACUUCACACCUUACCAAUUUAACAGGCAUGCUCCAGGAAGAAUUUCUACUUCUCCAACUCUUAGGAGGCUAAGAAACAGUACCCCAUCACUCUCUCAGGUCUUCUCGCUACAAAACAGCACUGAGAGUGCAAGGGGGCACAACCAGAUGCCACAAACUGAAUCAACUCUUCUUGCUUCUCAGAGGUGCACUCUGCAUUCUCAGCAAUGCUCUUUGACCUCCAACUCUGGCAUGCACACCGAUUCACUGACACUGAAAGAAAACUCCACAUUGGCUGACACACUAUCAGUUCCACCACAUCCUAAAGAUGAUUUUGUUGAUGAUAACACAUUGCAGAACACGAGGGAGAUCAGCCCUUCUUCCCUAACUAAGGAGAAACAGAAUUCUCAGGAAUGUGUUCAGGAAUUACAUUUGCAUAAACCUAGCAGUCUAUACAACUCAGCUGAACGGAGGCACAGCUCAGUGGUGGUGAGCUUGCCUGGAUUCGAGAUGUUCCCUGGAGACCUGCUGAUAUCAGAUAGUGCAGCAGAAUUCCUUUACCAUUCAGCAUCACUGCGCAGCUCAGAAUCCAAAAAGCCCUGGUGGCCAUUUGCUAAAAAAGGAACUAGUAAAGACAAACACAAACAAAUAUCAGAUCUGGAAAACUGUCUGUCCACAGUAACCCUCAACAUACCAGAUUGUAGUGAUUAUGAAUUUCAAAGUGUCAAGGGAAAAACUUGGCAGGAAAUCAUGAAUAUGCAUCAGCUUGAGCCAAAAGCCUUCUUAGAUACUAAGAAGGAGGAAGCCUUGUGGGAGCUUUUCACAACUGAAUGCACCUACCUUCUUGAUCAUCUCCAGGUUCUCAAAACAAUAUUUAUGGAUACAUUAAGGUACCUGCAAUGCAAGGAGUUUCUCUCGGAUGUGGACUCUGGGCUACUGUUUGCCAACCUAGAGGAGUUACAUCAGGUGAGCCUCAGUUUUGUGACCAGUUUCUUCAGUGCUAUAAAGGAUCACCUUGUCCAGCUUAUGCCUUCCAUAGAUUUCAUCCCUGUGCUCACAAAGUAUUUCCAAGGGAACCUGUGUCAGAGUCACCAGAUGUACUGCCUGAAUUAUACCUCUGCUAUCUUUUACUUGGAAAAACUGAAGAAAAGAGAAGAUUUUGGGAUCUAUUUGAAAUGGUGUGAACAGAACGAGCGGUGCAAACGUCUCCAUCUCGCAGAACUGCUGGUUGCCCCUUUGCACAAACUGACCCGCUACCCCCUUCUCCUGAAGAAUAUAUGGAAAAAUACAGAGGCAGCCGAGAAAUCUGUCAUUGGUACAAUUAAAGAAAAGGUGGAGAAAUCUAUAAGAGAUUUGGAAGGGAAAGUAAAAUGGCUGGAUAACUUCCAGAAAUUUAAACAGCUACAGGAAAUUAUAGUUUGGCCUUCACUUUGGGAUCAAGAAAAAAGAUUUUUUGUUCCUGAGUGUCUCAAGAACUUAUUAAGAGAAAACCCAAAUGAAAACAUCUUGUCACCAACAAAGAGAUUUCUUGUUCAUGAGGGGAGAUUAACCCUAGCAGAACAUAUGAGACUUAUUGAUGUCUACCUAUUUCUGUUUGAUGAUUUGCUGUUGAUUACAAAGCCUAACCGGCACAAAAAGAAAUCUGUAGUUUCUGACCUGAGUUUAACACCUGUUGGCCCCUUUUUCACUCCCGAAUUGCAAUCUUUGCUUGAAGGUGGUGGCUAUUGCACUGUGCUUGACCAGCCUAUCCCAUUAGACAGAAUGGUAGUAAGAAAUAUUGAAUCCUUCCACAUAACAGUUUUUGGACUACGAAAUGCUUUUCUAAUACAGCAUAGAAAUCGGUUUCAGCAGUGCAUAGCAGCCUUUUUACUACAAGCACAGUCUGAGUCUCUCAAAAAAACAUGGAUGUCACAGAUGGAAACAGCAAUAUCAAAUUGCACAAAGAGAGAAAAUAAACCCAAAACUUCAUUUUUUAGUUUACCUGCUGAAUCAUCUGAAAUUUAGUUGUGGUUCGUUGGGAACCACUUGACAAUGUAACAGAUUUACUUUUUUAAAAAAACAA